AUGCAGCCCCCCAAAACCAGACGCGUCAGCGAGUUCAGGGACAUCCCCAGACCUCUCGUCCAGUUUCUCCGCUUUGAGGACAUCAGUGCCGCAGCCUUCAGGAUCCAGACAGGGAUACAGAAGACACCCUGCACGUACUCCAGACUGUCCAAACAGUACGGGAUGGAGAUCUACCUGAAGAAGGAGCACCUGCACUACACGGGCUCUGUGAAGGAGAGAGGAGUCCUGUACCUGCUCAGCUCCCUCACACAGGCACAGCAGAGGAAGGGUGUGAUCGUGGCCACUGACUGUAACUACUCCAUGGCCGUGGCUCACCAUGCAGUGGAGCUGAAGAUCCCGGUGAUGGUCAUCAUGCCAUCAUGCUGCUCCUCGCCUCGCCUCAGGAUCUACCGAGACUACGGCGCUAUGGUCAUCUCCUACGGCAGCACCGGCCAGGACUCCCAGAACCACGCCCGCCAUCUGGCCACAGAGAACGGAUACCUCUACCUGGAAGAAGAUGAAAGUGAAGCGUAUCUGGCAGGACUCGGCACUGUUGGCAUGGAGAUAUAUGAACAAGUGUCCAAACUGGAUGCAGUGGUUGUCCCUGCAGCUGGACAGUAUGGGCUACUGGCUGCUACUGCUGCAGCCAUCAAACACCUCAACUCACGAAUUCUUGUCAUAGGAAUUGAACCAGAAAGUUUCCCUCUGCUGCUACAAUCUCUGAAAACUGACGGUCCAAUCAAAGGCAUGCGCAGCAACUCCAAUAAGAAACUCUAUGGAGAACUUACGGAGCAUUCACUGGGUGUUAACACCUUCCAGCUGGCAAAGAAGCUAGUGGAUAAAGUCAUCUCUGUCAGUGAGGAGGACUCUUUGCUGGCGAUGCUGCGGUUUCAGGAGUUUGAACGCUCUACUGUGGACACAGAGGGAGCCAUGGGACUGGCUGCCAUCUUGGCCGGACAACUACCAGAGCUGAAAGGCAAAAAGGUCGCUGUAGUGGUGAGCAGCGCAAACAUGGAGCUGGAGCUGGUGAGGCAGUGUGUGGACCGAGCCCUGGUGCUGGACGAUCGGGUCAGUAAGUUCUCUGUGCAGCUGGGAGAAUGGCCAGGAGACAUGGCUAAGCUGCUGGACGUCCUGUCCAGAGAGGACAUCAGGUUGUUGGACGUCUGCCACCGGAGACAAAGUGACAAGUCAGACCUCUUCAAGUCAAAGGUGGAGUGUGUGGUGGAAACCAAGGAUAAGACACAGAGCGCUCAGCUACGCAAGACGCUGAGUGAGCGCUACCCCUCUAUAUGCUGGCUUGGUCGGUGAUCACAACAACAUGAACACAAACUAUAUUUACAAUAGAAAACCGAAGAAGAAGAAGAAGAAGAAGAAGAAAUGACACAUAAAUAAUAAUAAAUAAUAAAAUGUGAGAUGACGUGCAAACACACCCUGUAACAUACAUUACUACGAUAUAUGAACUCUGUUAUAGGCAUCGCAUUAAGACAAUGGCUGUUAAGCAAAUCUAAGUGUAUACAGAAGCCUUGAGAUUAUGUAGAGAAUACUAUUCAUAUUACUUAUUUGACUUAUGCUGCUAUUGUUCUUUAAUCAUGGUAACUACAGUAAAGUGGUGAGGCUGCAUUCAGAAGAUGAAUAUAGUUCUUAUAGUUUAAUCACAGCAUUAAUCAUGCAGGCUUACUCCUCUAGUGACCUCUGUCUAAAGUAAGUACAUAUUAUACAGCUCCCUAAACCACAUUGUUUUUGUAUAUAUUUCUGUAUUUAUACUGUCCGAGAUGGUAGAGACAAA